UAUCAGCACGGCGCGUGCGCGACGCCACGGUAUCGACAAUAAAUACGUCGAGUGGACACCGACCGCAUCAGUCUUCCAAGUUUGUCACACGAUAAGAACGUGCUACGAUGGUUAAAAGUGUUCUGCGCGGUGAAACCUGCGGGUACUGCAGCGCGUGCGUGCGUAUACGCCUGUGCACGGCGCGCGGCCGGAGUCCUGAACCUCUAGAGUGUGCUUACAAGCAUAUCUUGGAAUCAUACGGGGGCGGCAGCGGAGCGCCCGUGAAGACACUAGAAGCCCCCAAAACAGCUUGUUCUUCUUGUCGGUGGACGUCGGAUGCACAGUUUCCUGAAACCCCGCCCUCCUACAGUGACCUCAGCCAGGAGUGGAGUUCCAGAUCUUCAACCCGUUCUCGGACACGCCGGCGCAAGAGAUAGAUGUUAUUGCGUCAGAUUUUGAAAUUUCUCUUCGGGUACUUAUCCUCAAGUACGUAAUUGACCUUUUACCGUUACGCAGCGUACUACGUAGGCGAACAACAGGCGAACGCGAAGCGAUGCGGCGCGGGUUGAAUCAAUCCUUUGAUACCUAUAGAAGUGUUACGUGGGCGAUCUCGUUGCGAACGCGAACGCCGUGGGCCCGCCGCGCCCCUUCGUUUCGCGU